GCCAAAGGACCCUCUGCCACCAGAGUGAGAUCCUGGAAACCGUCAUCCUGGUAAACCCCAGUGCAGACAGCAUCAGCUCAGAGGUUCACCAUCUCCUUAGCAGCCCAUCCACUCACAAACUACUGAUCUUGAGCGGGCAAAGUUUAGAGCCUGGGGGAGAGCUCAUCCUGCAGAGUGGCACCUACUCCUACCAAAACUUUGCCCAGGUCCUUCACAAACCUGAGAUUGCCCAGUUGCUCAGCAAUAGAGACCCUGGAAUCCAGGCCUUCCUCACCGUGUCCUGCUUAGGGGAGGGUGAUUGGAGCCACCUAGGACUAUCCAGUUCCCAAGAGACCCUGCACAUCCGGCUAAACCCUGAGCCCACGCUGCCCACCAUGGAUGGCGUGGCCGAGUUCUCCGAGUACGUCUCUGAGACUGUGGAUGUGCCAUCCCCCUUUGACCUGCUGGAGCCUCCCACCUCAGGGGGCUUCCUCAAGCUCUCUAAGCCUUGCUGCUACAUCUUCCCUGGUGGCCGUGGGGACUCUGCCCUCUUUGCUGUCAAUGGUUUCAACAUCCUGGUGGAUGGUGGCUCUGAUCGCAAGUCCUGUUUCUGGAAGCUGGUACGGCACCUGGACCGUAUUGACUCGGUGCUGCUCACGCACAUUGGGGCAGACAACCUGCCAGGCAUCAAUGGACUCCUGCAGCGCAAAGUGGCAGAGCUAGAGGAGGAGCAGUCCCAGGGCUCCAGCAGCUACAGCGACUGGGUGAAGAACCUCAUCUCCCCUGAGCUUGGAGUUGUCUUCUUCAAUGUGCCUGAUAAGCUGCGGCUGCCUGACGCCUCCCGGAAGGCCAAGCGCAGCAUUGAAGAGGCCUGCCUCACUCUGCAGCACCUAAAUCGCCUGGGCAUUCAGGCUGAGCCUCUGUACCGCGUGGUCAGCAACGCCAUUGAGCCACUGACCCUCUUCCACAAAAUGGGUGUGGGCCGGCUGGACAUGUACAUCCUCAACCCUGUCAAGGACAGCAAGGAGAUGCAGUUCCUCAUGCAAAAGUGGGCAGGCAACAGUAAAGCCAAGACAGGCAUUGUGCUGGCCAAUGGGAAGGAGGCUGAAAUCUCAGUGCCCUACCUGACCUCUAUCACUGCUCUGGUGGUCUGGCUGCCAGCCAACCCCACUGAAAAGAUUGUUCGUGUGCUUUUUCCAGGGAAUGCUCCUCAAAACAAGAUCUUAGAGGGCCUAGAAAAGCUUCGGCACCUGGAUUUCUUGCGCUACCCUGUAGCCACACAGAAGGACAUGGCUACUGGGGCUGUGCCUGCCAACCUCAAACCCAGCAAAAUUAAACAGCGGGCUGACAGCAAGGAGAGCCUCAAAGCCACUACCAAGACACCCGUUAGCAAGCUGGCAAAACGGGAGGAGGUGGCCGAAGAGGGAGCCAAGGAGGCCCGCUCAGAGCUGGCCAAGGAGUUAGCCAAGACAGAGAAGAAGGCAAAAGAGCCAUCUGAGAAGCCCCCAGAGAAGCCUGCCAAGCCUGAGAGGGUGAAGACAGAAUCAAAUGAGGCAUUGAAGGCAGAGAAGCGAAAGUUGAUAAAGGACAAGGUGGGGAAGAAGCACCUGAAAGAAAAAAUAUCAAAGCUGGAAGAGAAAAAAGACAAGGAGAAGAAAGAGAUCAAGAAGGAGAGAAAGGAGCUCAAGAAGGAUGAAGGAAGGAAGGAGGAGAAGAAGGAUGCUAAGAAGGAGGAGAAGAGGAAAGAUACCAAACCUGAGGUCAAGAAGAUUUCCAAGCCAGACCUGAAGCCCUUUACCCCUGAGGUACGUAAGACCUUGUACAAAGCCAAGGCCCCUGGAAGAGUCAAGAUGGACAAGAGCCGAGCUGCCCGUGGCGAGAAGGAGCUGUCCUCUGAGUCACGGACACCCCCAGCCCAGAAGGGGUCUAUCCCACUCCCACCAGUCAGUGGGCACAGGGAGCUGGCCCUGUCCUCACCGGAGGACCUUACACAGGACUUUGAGGAGAUGAAGCGUGAGGAGAGGGGGUUGCUGACUGAACAAAGGGACAUAGGACUAGGAGAGAAAGCACUGCUUCCAGACACUGCAGAUGAGGGACCCCCAAGCACAGCUACCCAAGGAAUACCACCCUCUGUCCCAGGCUUGGAACAAGCAGAGCCUUUGAUGAAGGAGAAAGAGGUUGUCCCAAACAUCCCUGGGGAACAAGGCAGCAAGGACAGAAGUCCAGACUCUGGGGCUGAACCAGAGGAAGAGAAAGAUACAUGCGAGGAAAAGAAGCAGAAGGAAGCAGAGAGGCUCUCAGAUAGAACAGAAGACAGAGAAGAAAGUGAACCUGAGGUAAAGGAGGACGUGAUAGAGAAGGCUGAAUUAGAAGAAAUGGAGGAGGUGCACCCUUCAGAUGAGGAGGAAGAGGAAGAGACAAAGGCUGAGAGUUUUUACCAAAAGCAUACGCAGGAAGCCCUGAAGGUAACCCCAAGAGACAGGGAGGCUCUUGGCAGCCGAGAACUAGGACUCCAGGGUAAGGUCCCAGAGAAGGAGACCUCAUCAUUCCUAAGUAGCCUGGCUACACCUGCAGGAGCCACUGAGCACGUCUCUUAUAUCCAGGAUGAGACAAUCCCUGGCUACUCAGAGACUGAGCAGACCAUCUCAGACGAGGAGAUCCAUGAUGAGCCGGAGGAGCGCCCAGCUCCACCUAGAUUUCCUACAAGUACGUAUGACCUCCCGGGGCCUGAAGGUCCUGGCCCCUUUGAGGCAAGCCAGCCUGCAGACAGUGCCAUUCCUGCCACCUCCAGCAAAGGCUAUGGAGCACCAGAGACUGAACUCACCUACCCCCCCAACAUGGUGGCUGCCCCUUUGGCUGAAGAGGAGCAUGUGUCCUCAGCCACCUCAAUCACUGAGUGCGACAAGCUUUCUUCCUUUGCCACAUCAGUGGCUGAAGAUCAGUCUGUGGCCUCACUCACAGCGCCCCAGACAGAGGAGACAGGCAAGAGCUCCCUACUGCUCGACACAGUCACAAGCAUCCCUUCCUCCCGUACUGAAGCCACUCAGGGCUUGGACUAUGUGCCAUCAGCUGGUACUAUCUCACCCACUUCCUCACUGGAAGAAGACAAGGGCUUCAAAUCACCACCCUAUGAGGACUUCUCUGUGACUGGGGAGUCUGAGAGGAGAGGAGAAAUUGUAGGAAGAAGCUUGCCUGGAGAGAAAGUCGUGAAAGAGGAAGAGGUAGAGACUGCAAAUGUAGAGUUGUCAGAGAAACUUCCGAUGUUUGGUGCCCCUGGGCACGCCCUACAUGCGGGGGAACCAGCCCUCGGAGAUGUGGAGGAGCGCUGCCUCAGCCCAGAUGACAGCACAGUUAAGAUGGCCUCUCCUCCACCAUCUGGUCCACCCAGUGCCACUCACACACCCUUUCAUCAGUCCCCAGUGGAAGAAAAGUCUGAGCCCCAAGACUUUCAGGACACAGGCUCCUGGGGAGACACUAGGCACACACCGGGUGUGGGCAAGGAAGAUGCUACAGAGGAGAUAGUCGGGCCCAGGCCUGAAGAGGUCACACUCGAGAAGGAGGGGGAGGUGUCACCUCCUAGGAGCCCCCAAGCCCAGGAAGCAUCCAUCGGCAUUGUUGGGGGUCACACAGGCUGCACCAUCCAACUGUUGCCAGAACAGGACAAAGCAAUAGUCUUUGAGACUGUGGAGGCAGGAGAGCCCACGGGGCCAAUUCCGGGAGUAGAAGCCCUUCCCAGAGAUGUGAGAACAUUACUCCAAGAACCUGGAGAACCUCAGAAAGGUGAAGUGCUCCAAUUUUCUGAUCGAGGCCUCUCCCCUGAAGACGCAGAAUCCCCCUCUGUCCUCAGCAUGGUCUCCCCAGACAUUGUCAACCAAGAGCCCACCCUUAGGUCUCCCUGUGGCCUGAUAGAGCAGCACCUACACAAAGACCUCUGGCCAGAGAUGGCUCCAGAAGACACGCGGUCACUUUCUCUGUCUGAAGAGAGCCCCAGCAAGGAGACCUCUCUGGAUAUCUCUUCUAAGCAGCUCUCUCCAGAAAGCCUUGGCACCCUCCAGUUUGGGGAAUUAAGCCUUGGAAAGGAAGAAAAGGGGCCUCUAAUGCUGGCUGAGGAUACCUCUGACCACCUAGCCCCUGUGCUUGUUCCAGAGCCCCAUCCAGCCACAGUGACACUUCCCACAGAUAGGACCACUGGGUCAUCUGCCCAGGCAGACAUCACAGAUGAGAGCCCCGACAGAAAACUACCUGCCAGCCCCUUCUGUCACUCCACACUAUCGAGAGAUGGGAAGCACUCACCAGAGGUGACCACAAGCCCUGGUGAACACAGUUUGACAUCUGAUAGCUCUCUCACCAAGAGUCCUGAGUCUUUGCCAAGCCCUGCCAUGGAGAACAUUGCUAUGGAAUGGGAAGGUACAGUUCCACGGUCGAAAGACAAAGAAACCCUAGAGCAGAAGGACAAGGUGCCUGAGCCAAAGGAUGAAGUCUUACAGCAGCAGGACAAAACUCUGGAGCAGAAAGAUAUUCUUAAAGAUAUUAUUGUAGAGCAGAAGGAUAUAGCCACCAAUCAGAAAGAUGAGGCUCUGGAAGAAAAGAACAAGGCUGUGGAACAGCAGGAUAAAACAUUAGACCAAAAAGACAGAGACUUAGAACAAAAAGACACAGCCUUAGAACAGAAGGACAAAGCUCUGGAGCCAAAAGAUAUAGACUUAAAACAAAAAGACAGUGUCCUAGAACAGAAGGACAAGACCUUGGAACAAAAAGACAUACAACAAAAAGACAAAGCCUUGGAACAGAAGGACAAGACCUUGGAACAAAAAGACAAGACCUUGGAACAAAAAGACAUAAACUUAGAACAAAAAGACAAAGCCUUGGAACAGAAGGACAAGAUCCUAGAAGAGAAAGGCAAAGCCUUAGAGCAAAAAUCCAGAGACUUUGAACAUAAAGAUAAGGCUCCAGAAGACAAGGUCGCUGAACUAAAGGGCAUGGCCUUUGAACAGACAGACAAGGCCCAGGAACAGAAGAACUAUGCCUUAGAACAAAAAUACGGGGCCUUAGAACAGAAGGAUGAAGCCCUGGAACAAAGCAGUAAGGCUGUUGAACAGAAAGAUAAGGCUCUGGAAGAAAAGGACAAAACACGGGGCCAGGUGAGCCCAGUGCAGGAGGAUAAAACUAUUGAACCAAAGGAGAUGACCCUGGAGGAAAAACCCCCAGAAACGGUCAAGGCUGUGGAGCUGAAGGAAGAAGCUCUACAGGAGGGGCUGGAGGAGGUCCCAGUACAGAAGGACAAGCCCGGAGAGCAGGAAGAGAAGUACUGGAGGAAGGAGCAGGAUGUGGUCCAGGAGUGGCGAGAAACAGCUCCAACCAGGGUAGAGCCAGUUGGAGAACAGAAGGAGACUGCCCAGGCAUGGGAGGACACGUCUCCUGAGCAGGAGGACAGGUACUGGAGGAGCAGGGAGGAUGUGCCUCUGGAACAGGACACAUACUGGAGGGAGCUGAGCUGUGAAAGGAAGGUCUGGUUCCCUCAUGAGCUGGAUGGCCAGGGGUCCCGCCCACGGUACAAUGAGGAGCGGGAGAGCACUUUUCUUGACGAAGGGCCAGAUAAUGAGCAAGAAGUACCCUCCCUGGAGCACAUACCCCGGAGCCCCUGGCCCUCAGACUUCAAGGGUUUCCAGGAGCCCUCAUCACAGAAAGGGCUGGAGGUGGAGCGCUGGCUCGCCGAGUCACCAGUAGGGCUGCCACCAGAAGAAGAAGACAAGCUGACCCGCUCCCCCUUUGAGAUCAUCUCCCCUCCGGCUUCCCCACCUGAGAUGGUUGGUCACAGGGUUCCUCCAGCCCCAGGACAAGAGCGCCCAUUCCCAGAGUCUAAGCCCAUGCCACCCGUGAGGAAAGAACCCACCACUCCCUCAUGGCUGGCUGACAUCCCACCAUGGGUGCCCAAAGACAGACCCCUGCCCCCUGCCCCUCUUUCCCCAGCUCCAGCUCCCCCGAGCCCUGCGCCAGAGCCACUCACUCCUGCGCCCUUCUCCUGGGGCACAGCCGAGUAUGACAGCGUGGUGGCUGCAGUGCAGGAGGGGGCAGCUGAAUUGGAAGGUGGGCCAUACUCCCCCUUGGGGAAGGACUACCGCAAGGCUGAAGGGGAAAGGGAAGAACAAGGUGGGGCUGGGGCUCCCGACAGCACCUCCUGCAGCUCGAAGAUCCCGGAAGCUGGCGAGAGCCGUGCCACCAAGGAGCCUGAGCUGGCUGAGCCGGAGCAGAGAGAGCCCACGCCCUACCCUGAUGAGAGAAGCUUUCAAUACGCAGACAUCUAUGAGCAGAUGAUGCUAACUGGACUUGGCCCUGCUUGCCCCACUAGGGAGCCUCCGCUUGGAGCAGCUGGGGAUUGGCCCCCAUGCAUCUCACCCAAGGAGGAGGCUGCCGGCCGAAGCACAUCUGCAGAGAAGGAUCUUUCGUCUCCUGUCUCGUCCAAGAGCCUCCAACCCGACACUCCAACCUUCAGCUAUGCAGCCCUGGUGGGGCCCCCUGUGCCCCCUAGACAGGAGCCUGAACUAGGCCUGAGUGUGGAGCAGAGUCCCACGCCACCUGCAGUGCCCCCCCGUGCUCCUGUGCCCCUGAGCAAAGGCCCAAGCCCCCCUCUUAACGGUAACAUCCUGAGCUGUGGCCCAGAUAGGAGGACCCUGUCCCCCAAGGAGGCAGGCCGGGGCCACUGGGAUGACACUAGUGACUCAAAGCUGGAGAAGGGGGCUCGUGAGCAGCCAGAGAAAGAGGCCCAGUCCCCAAGUCCUCCUCACCCCAUCCCUGCAGGGCCCCCCACAUUGUGGCCUGCAACUGAGACACACACCAGUCGUUCCUCGGUCUCGCCCCCGGGUCCUGCCCGGCCCAGCCUGGACUUCCCUGCUUCAGCGUUUGGCUUCUCCUCAAUGCAGCCAGCUCCCCCACAGCUGCCCUCUCCAGCUGAACCCCGCUCAGCACCCUGUGGCUCCCUCGCCUUCUCUGGGGACAGAGCUCUGGCUCUGGCUCCAGGGCCCCCCACCAGAGCCCGGCAUGACGAGUACCUGGAAGUGGCCAAGGCCCCCAGCCUGGACUCCUCACUGCCCCAGCUCCCAUCACCUAGCUCUCCUGGCGCCCCUCUCCUCCCCAGUCUGCCGCGGCCUGCCUCGCCAGUCCUGUCUGAAGGCUCCUCUUCUGAGGCCACCACACCUGUGAUUUCGAGCGUGGCUGAGCGCUUCCCUCCAGGUCUGCAGGCUGCAGGACAGGGGUCUGAAGAGCUAGUUCCAGGAAGAGAACCAGCUGCCCACAGUCUCUGGGACCUCACUCCUCUGAGCCCGGCACCCCCAGCUUCUCUGGACUUGGCCCCAGCUCCGGCUCCAAGCCUGCCUGGAGACGUGGAUGACGGCACCCUGCCCUGCCGCCUGGAGUGCUCAGGGGCAGCCACCAAGAAGCCAAGCCCCAUCCAAGAUCCCUCUGGGGAUUGUGCAGCCAAUGGCCCAACUGAAACCAGCUCCAGUGCCCCAGGGCCUGGCCUGACCAAGGCUGAGAAGGAAGAGGCUGAGGCCUGCCCUGCCUGGGAACGUGGGGCCUGGCCUGAGGGAGCCGAGAGGGGUGCCCGGCCUGACAUGCUGUUCUCCCCUGAACAGCCACUGUGUCCUGGAGGGGUCCCUGAAGGCCGGCCCAGCAAUGUCUCCCCUGAGGCUGAGGCUGGGCCCCAGGGAUGUGCUGCUGAGCCCCGGCCCCACCGUGGGGAGAUCUCCCCCUCCUUCCUGAACCCACCCAUUCCCCGAUCCACGGAUGACACUGAUCUCUCAACUGAGGAAACUCGGCUGGUAGGGAGAGGGGGGAGACGCCGAGCAGGGGGCCAAGGGGCAACAGGGGGCUCUUGCCCUGUGGCCGAUGAGACACCCCCAACGUCAGCCAGUGACUCAGGCUCUUCACAGUCAGAUUCUGACGUUCCACCAGAAACCGAGGAGUGCCCAUCCAUUACAGCUGAGGCAGCCCUCGACUCAGACGAAGAUGGGGACUUCCUGCCUGUGGACAAAGCUGGGGGAGUCAGCGGAAGUCACCAUCCCCGGCCUGGCCACGACCCACCCCCUCUACCCCAGCCAGACCCCCACCCAUCCCCUCCCCGCCCUGACGUGUGCAUGGCCGACCCUGAGGGGCUCAGCUCAGAGUCUGGGAGGGUGGAGAGGCUACGAGAAAAAGAGAAGGCUCAGGGGCGAGUAGGGCGCAGAGCCCCAGGCAGGGCCAAGCCAGCAUCCCCUGCACGGCGUCUAGAUCUUCGGGGGAAACGCUCACCCACCCCUGGUAAAGGGCCUGCAGAUCGAGCAUCCCGGACCCCACUCCGACCACGGAGCACUCCAAGCCAGGUCGCCCCAGGGGAGGAAAAGGACGGACACAGCCCCAUGUCCAAAGGCCUAGUCAAUGGACUCAAGGCAGGACCGACGGCCUUGGGUUCCAAGGGUGGCUCUGGCGCCCCUGUGUAUGUGGAUCUCGCCUAUAUCCCGAAUCAUUGCAGUGGCAAAACUGCUGACCUUGACUUCUUCCGUCGAGUUCGUGCAUCCUACUAUGUGGUCAGUGGGAAUGACCCUGCCAAUGGCGAGCCAAGCCGGGCUGUACUGGAUGCCCUGCUGGAAGGCAAGGCCCAGUGGGGGGAGAAUCUUCAGGUGACUCUGAUCCCUACUCAUGACACGGAGGUGACUCGAGAGUGGUACCAGCAGACUCAUGAGCAGCAGCAACAACUGAACGUCCUGGUCCUGGCUAGCAGCAGCACCGUGGUCAUGCAGGAUGAGUCCUUCCCAGCCUGCAAGAUUGAGUUCUGA